UACAAAGUGUCACAGAUAUCAGUUAUCAUCUCGUUAUCAUUACAAAGGUCAAAUAAAACGUUGUAUAACACAUUUAUAGUUAUAAUUACUAUAACAGACACACUUUAUUUGUCGCAAUUAAACGAAGCAGCAGCACAAAUUUCGCAUAAUGGCACCUCUCGCUGCACAAAAAAGGGAUCCCUAUGCUGAAGCGAAUGAAGUAGCAGAAGGAAUAAAAGCGGUUCUACUGGGCCCUCCAGGAUCCGGCAAAGGAACACAAGCACCCCUGUUAAAGGAAAAAUAUUGCGUAUGCCACCUCUCCACGGGUGAUAUGCUUCGGGCUGAAAUUAAUUCCGGCUCCCCCCUUGGAGCCAAAGUUAAAAAAGUCAUUGACGAAGGUAAACUUGUCAGUGACGAUUUGGUUGUUAAUAUGAUCGACAAAAACUUGGAUAAACCUGAAUGUCGCAAUGGGUUCCUCCUCGAUGGUUUCCCAAGGACUGUGGUACAGGCAGAAAAGUUGGAUGACCUACUUGAUAAACGCAAUACCCAGCUUGAUGCAGUAAUUGAAUUUGGCAUUGAUGACAGUUUACUUGUUAAGCGAAUUACUGGUCGUUUAAUCCACUCUUCUAGCGGGAGAACAUAUCAUGAAGAAUUUAAUCCUCCGAAGAAGCCUAUGAUUGAUGACGUUACUGGAGAGCCUUUAAUAAGAAGAUCCGAUGAUAAUGUCGAAGCUCUGAAGAAACGUUUAUUAACAUAUCAUUCACAAACUAAGCCUCUUGUUGAUUAUUAUCAAAUUAGAGGCCUUCACCAUCGUGUUGAUGCUGCUCAAGCUGCGCAUAAAGUGUUUAGUAACAUAGAUUCUAUUUUCCAACAAAAUAGAUUGAAAAGAGCUGCUCGACUUUAAAAAAAUAUGUAUUAUAUACACAUCUAGUAAAUCUGCAUUUGUAAUAUCUUCUAAUAAUGCGUUCUAUAUUUUUGUAUCUAUCUUCUUGUAUUUUUGUAUAGAUUCUUUCAAAAAAUAGUUGAUUUAUAUUCUCCAAAUUUUCAAAGUUGUUUGUUUUCAAUAAAAUUGACCUGUCAAUUG